UUAUUAGCACUACAAAGGUUGUUUUGUGAGUUAGUUUAUCAUGCUAGUUUGCUAAUGCUAGCCUCUGGAGUGCUGUGUUUACACGCAGAGUUUUUACUUCCUGAUUUAAAGAGACUCUGGAAUUAGUGACAUUUCUGAAGCUGAUGAACAUGUGAGGAAACUGCAGUGUUAAGAUUGACACAGAUCUAACCCUCGAGUCUGAAGAUGCCUGGAGUGGCUACAGGAGUGAAGGAGCUUUACCUCUCCACCUCACUGGGAGAGCUGAACAAAAAGGCCGAGAUCAAGCCGGAGAAAGUCAACACCAGACACUAUGUUCAGAGUGCGUGUAAGCUCUUUAAGGCGGCGGAGGAGUGCCGCCUGGAACGAGACGAGGAGAGAGCCUACGUCCUCUACAUGAAGUACCUGACUGUCUAUGACUUCAUCAAGAAAAGGCCGGACUUCAAACAGCAGCAGGAUUACUUCAUGUCCAUGCUCGGAUCGUCCAGCUUUAAGAAGGCUGUCGAGGAGGCGGAGAAACUCUCUGAGAGCCUGAAACUCAGGUAUGAGGAGGUGGAGGUGAGGAAGAAGCUGGAGGAGAGAGAGAAGAGAGAGGAGAAGGAGAGACGAGAGCAGAAAGCGGAAAAGGACAAAGAACGCACCUCACCCAACACCAUUGAGGGCAGAAAGGACAGCAAAAAGGCUAAAGAACAGAACGAACUGAAGAGUGUGAUUUCACCAGCGCCCCUGAGUGGAGGCGUUAGUGCUGAGCAGUUGUACACUAUGAUGACGGACCCUAACCUGAGUGUGUUAGUGAUGGACACUCGAAAACAAGUUGACUUCGAGAAGUCGCACAUGACGGUGCCCAAUCAAAAGUUAAUCAGUGUUCCUGAGGAGGCCAUCAGCCCCGGGAUCACAGUGAAUCAGAUCGAGGUGAAGCUACCUUCAGAGUCUCUCCCUCAGUGGAAGCAGCGCGGCUUUGCUGAUUACAUCAUCCUGCUGGACUGGUCCAGCUCCGUCACUGACCUGAAACUGGGCACGACUUUACAGAGCCUGAAGGAUGCGCUCUACAAAUGGGACAGUGUGACGAUCCUGCGCACGGAGCCUCAGGUUCUAGAGGGAGGCUUUGAGAACUGGCUGCUUUAUUAUCCCAUGUUCACCAGCAACGCCAAGAUCAAACCCCCGCGCCAACACUCUCAAACACUGGUACCAGAGUUGAAUUUCAGCUACCCGUGUCUGGAGGAGACUCCGCCCAAACCUGUAGAAGUGUGUGUGAGGGACGGUGCAGAAGAUGUUCAGUCUAAUGGCUCCGUGGACGCAGAUAUAAACAGCAAGCCUGCUGGCCCCGAUACACACACUCACACUCCCUCACCGAGCACACAGCCAACGCCCGCGCCGGGCGCCACCAGUGUGUCCAGUCCAAAGCAGCCUGCAGCUACGGCAAAGACAAUACCACAGUUCGACCGAUCGACCAAGCCUAUGGUGAAACCCUCAGAAGGCGCAAAGCAGAGCCCCGAGGGUGCAGCCAAAGACGGCGGGCCCAAAGACCCAAAGUCCAAAGAAGUCGUGGCUAAAGAUGGACCAGUUUCCACGGUAACCAACGGUCCAGUGAUUCCGGAUCGUUCGGGCAAGCCGAACCUGGAGAAUAAGAAAGAGAAAGAAGAGGAGGAGAAACGACAGAGAGAGGAGCAGGAGAAGAAGAAGGAAGAGGAGGAGGAGAAGAAGAGGAAGCUGGAGCGCCAGAAGGCGGAGGAGAAGGAGGAGAAAGCGGAGGAUGGAGACGAGAAGGGGAGAAGAGGAGCGAAGGAUCAGGCGCUGGACGCUCAGCUUAAGAGCAUGUCUCUGGAUUCUCCUAGACCCCAUACCGCUGUCUCUGAUGUAAAGGGGGCGCCUCUGACCCGUACUCGGAGUGAGGAUAUAGGAAGGGCGGUGCCUGGUCUCCCUGAGGGCUGGACAAAGUUCCUAGACACAGUCACCGGGACGUAUCGUUAUUAUCACUCCCCCACCAACCGUGUGCACCUUUACCCCCCUGAGGUCACCCCCCCGGCCACGCCUCCAGCCACACCCUCCAAGCCUAAAGCGCGUCCUGAGACAUCAGAGAAGGAGAAGGAAAAAGAGAAGGAGCAAGAGAGGGAGAGGGAGAGAGAGCAGUCCAAACUGAAGCGCUCAUAUUCCUCCCCUGAUAUCACACAGGACCUGAACGCAGAGGAAGCCAGAAAACCCACACACACACCCACAGUGAACAGAGAAACCAAACCUGUGACUGCCACUUCCUACGCUAAAGCCGAGAUCGCUCGUCCGUCUGCCGCCAAGAUCCGGACCAUGAACCCGGUGUUUGGGGGACUGGGUCCGUGUCUCACAGGCCUCCGGAAUUUAGGGAACACCUGCUACAUGAACUCGAUCCUGCAGUGUUUGUGUAACACCCCGUUCAUGGCUGAUUACUUCAACAGGAACCACUACCAGGACGACAUCAACAGGUCGAACAUCCUGGGCCAUAAGGGCGAGGUGGCCGAGGAGUUCGGUGCGAUUAUGAAGGCGCUGUGGUCGGGUCAGUUUAAGUACAUCAGCCCUCGGGACUUCAAGAUCACCAUCGGUAAAAUUAACGACCAGUUCUCUGGAUACAAGCAGCAGGACUCUCAGGAGCUUCUGCUGUUCCUGAUGGACGGCUUACACGAGGAUCUCAACAAGGCGGACAACCGUAAGCGGUGGAAGGACGAGGCGUCGGAUUCGAUGGAUGAUGUCAGCGCGGCGAAGUGGGCGUGGCAGAAGCACACGCUGCUGAAUGAAUCCAUCAUCGUGAAGCUGUUCCAGGGUCAGUUCAAGUCCACACUGCAGUGUCUGAGCUGCCACCAUCGUUCUCGCAACUUCGAGCCCUUCAUGUACCUCUCACUGUCACUCGCCUCGUCCUACAAGUGCUCUCUACAGGAGUGUUUGAAGCUCUUCUCCAAGGAGGAGAAGUUGACGGAUGGUGAUAAGGUGUACUGCCCCCACUGUAAAGCUCAGAGGGAGUUCACCAAGAAGCUGGAGAUCUGGAAGCUUCCGCCCAUCCUGCUCGUACACUUAAAGCGGUUCUCAUAUGAGGGCCAGUGGAAGCAGAAGCUCCAGACCUCGGUGGAUUUCCCACUGGAGAACCUGGACCUGUCCCAGUACGUCAUCGGGCCGAAGACCGGCCUGAAGAGAUACAACCUGUUCGGCGUGUCUAAUCAUUACGGAGGUCUGGACGGGGGUCACUACACGGCGUACUGUAGGAACGCCAUCCGGCAGAACUGGUAUAAAUUCGACGAUCACGAGGUGUCGGAAAUCUCCACAUCCUCAGUCAAGUCGUCCGCCGCCUACAUCUUCUUCUACUCCGCUCUCUGAGGCCACGCCCACCCGGACCACCACGCCCGAGUCCCGACUGACCCGAGAGCCCUCAGAGCUGCUGUGGGUGGAGCUUAAAGCCCCGCCCGAUGAAGCUGUUGAAGGGUGUUUUGAUGAGAAUGUGAAAGAUGUGAAAUUCUCCCCGUCUCUCUCUCUCUCGCUCUGUCUCUGUCUCUCUCUGUAGUGAAAUCUCUUAUCUCUGACUGAAAGGGGCGGAGCUUUCUCCCCGUCCGCUGUCGUUCUGCCUUUGGCCACUGAUGACGUUUGGGACACGCCGUCCUAAGCGCAGUUUGAUCUUCCGAUUUUGAGAAAGAACUCACGAUCUCAUGUACUGAUUAUAGAGACGCGUCCCGUCUCGCUUUGUUUUUUUUUUUCUUUUGGAAAUUUACAUUUGAAGUAACCAAUUCCUGUCCAUGAGUAAACGAGUCGCCCGUCUGUCUCUCACCGCGGCGAUUUCCAUACGUUCUGUGCUCUUACUGUUGUCCCACGUCCUCCUGCAGGGGUUGUGACGGUAACAAUACUAACCUUAAUUAUCCUAUGCACGACAUCUAUAACCAGACGCCGCUCUCAUUUCUCUAUGUAUCCAUUAACACUACACCCUAUGUAGUGCACUAUAUGUCCAUUAGAUUUCCCCGCCCCUCCUUAAGCUCCUCCCACCACCCACACAUCACGCCUCAUCUAAAAUACACCUGUGGUUUUGUUUUAUACAAACAGCAGGUCUCCUGAGAUAAAUAAACCACGCCCUCCUGUCGAGCGUUUGGAUCAGUGCCUCCCUGUUCCUCACCUUCACCUGUAAUUACUCUGAGCCACCCGUUGUUUUUGUUUACGAUGUCUUAUAGAGCUGAGCUCGUUAUAACUCAUUAUCUUGGUAUUUACCUAUUUGUCUGUCAUUCAUCUUUCUGUCUGUCUGUCUGCUUCAUGUUUAUAAUCAAAUACAGUGAUCUCUCUCUCUCUCACACACACACACAAAUGAAUAUGCUGUACAUUCUAACAUUUAUUUAUAUCUACACGCUAGUCUAGCUGUGCUAAUCUCCACGUAGCUUAGCAAAGUAACGAACUCCUUUAGCAGAUAUAGGAGGUGGAUGAGUGGAGCGAACGCACGGUUGCGUCCUGAAGUUUAACUGCACUACUGACACGACACACAUCAUCACUACCACGUAAACCUGCGAGGAUGAUAAAAACUAAACAGGAAACCGAACAGGACCUGCAGUUUUCACUCCGACGUCCCAGUGGGAAUUCCUCACACACUUACAUCACACACAUCUCUUUCCCAGCCACACACUGACGAUUUUCCCUUCCUUCUUUCUAAGGACCCUAAAGGUCUUUACAUUUUUUGUCGUCUCUAGUGUCUUUCAUUUUCUUUUUCCAGGUCCCUAGUUUUUUCCCUUUGUCUCUAGGGUUCCCGCUUGCUUUCUUGUUCGUCUCUGAUGUCUUCAUUUGUGUCUAGGGUGUCUUUUAUCUCCUUGUUUCUAGUGUCCCUAGUUUGUCGUCUUCCUCUCAUUUUCCUGCGUUCUCUCGCUCCCUGGUGUCUUUACUCCUCUGCAGGUCCCUGGAUUACCUAAAAACGUCUCGCUCGGUGUUACGUAACUAAUUCCUCAGGACCGCAGAUCUGAGCUGAGGGACGCCGCUGGUUUUAAUAUCAGGAGUUGGUUCAGUCAGACUGCUGGACCUGAUUGUUGUGUCAAUUAUUAUUAUAAUUUUUUUGCCUCCACACACUUACAUGUACACACAAAAUGGGAGGAGCUAGUUAAGCCCCACCCAUUCAUGUUUAUUUCAGGAAAUCAUGUUUCUUUGAGAAUUAAACACUAACCUGAACUUUGGUCAGUGGUUUUAAAUCAUGAAACAUCAAACACAAGUCAUCACCCUUUACUGCCGGCUGGCAUCACACACACACACACACACACACACAAAAGAUUUGUCAGUGUUAGAGAUGGAUCACUCAGUGGACCGUAUACUCACGUGUAGUUAAUCAGCUGUGAUAAUAAUAAAGCGAAUCAAACACUCA